CCUCCAGGUCGAGUCGCACUCUGAUGUCUUCGUCCUUCGUGCGUUGUUUACACCGUAUCAGCUGAGACUGUCACAUGACAGGCUUGCCAACAUGCUCAACAAGGAUUGCAAUUUGUUCACUAUGGUGUCUACCCGUGGAGUGAGAGUAAAGUUCAGUGAAGGAGAGAGAGUGCUGUGCUAUGAACCUGAUCCCACCAAGGCUAAAGUAUUGUAUGACUCAAAAGUCCUUGAAGUAGUAUAUAACAAAGAUAACAAAGGCCGGAAGCAAGUUGAAUAUUUGAUCCACUUUCAGGGAUGGAACGCAUCAUGGGAUCGUUGUGUGUCUGAAGACUUAGUUCUCAAAGAUACAGAAGAGAAUAGGGAGCUGCAACGUCAGCUGGCAGACAAGGCGCAUAUCAAAUUAUCCAUUAAGUCCAAUCGGGUGUUGAUUGGAGGACCUCUAUAUAAAGACAGGAAGCGCAAGAGACGGCUCUCAGAAACAAUACGAGAAACAAUCGAGAGAGAGAAACGAAAACGAGAACAGCAGGAGGAAUCUGAAACAAGCUCACAGACUGGUACAACGGGCACAGAAGAGGAUGAUCUUGCUUCUGCAACCUCAGAAGUUGAGAGCACCACCGCUGAGGAGGAGGAGGAGGAAGAGGAGGAGAGUGACGAGGAGACAAUAGAGCGUCUCUUCCCCAUCAGCAUCCCAGAGAACCUCAAAUAUGUGCUAGAGAAAGACCGUCAGAACAUUAAUGAGAAGGAUAUGCUUCUAGAUCUACCAACUGAAAAUACAGCUUUGAACCUGUUAGAAAAUUAUGUGAAAUUUUUCGCUGUCCGUUACCUGGCUCGCACAAAAGAAAAAAGGAGAAGCGAAGUCAAAGAGAAGGACAAAACCUUCCUGACACUGGACUUGUGCAAAGAGGUAAUGGAUGGAAUUCGUAUUUGUUUUGAUUUCCACAUUGAAACGCAUCUUUUGUAUGCAAAAGAACGAAGACAAGCUGAGCGCCUAAGGAGUGCACAGCCACUCUAUUCGAAAAGAUAUUUAGAACCAGCAAAAGAUUUAUCUCUUGCUGUUGAUGAUAAAGAAAACUUUGAGAGCAUGACAGUAAACAAGGAAGAGCCGGAAGUAGAUGAUGGGAAGUCAAAGGUGGAUAAAGCCUCAAAGGAAGAGGAAAAAACCAAAGAAACGCCAGGGCGUCGUCAGCUGCGUUCAAAGAGACCACUUUCUGGGGACUCAAGUAGUACUGAGAAGGAGAAGAACCUUACAAAUUUAGCAUGUGAAUCUGGCCGUAGUACCCCAACUACUAUUACCUCUGGUGCAAGCAUAGCAGGGAUUGGUGGCUUGGCAAGAACAGAUUUUACUUUGCCACUGAGUUAUCGUUCAAUUCAGCCACAUCUGCAGGACUGGACAUUGCUCCCAGAGACACACCGAAACCCUCCUCCUCCAUCACUCAUCUAUGGCCCUUUACAUCUACUGAGGCUGUUUGUGAAGUUACCAGAAAUCUUGUUCCGUAUGAAUCUUCCAGAAAUCAAAAGAAGGAUAAUUAUCAAACACCUAGAAUUGUUUUUAGAGUAUGUCACCAAUCAUAGUGAUGAACUUUUCAUGGAAUCCCAUUACAUUCCCAAUCCAGACGUGUAGCUGACUUCUAUUCGUGGAUAGAAUUCGUGGAUAGAUAUGAGUGUAACACCUUGUGUUCUUCAAAACAGCAAUAUGUUAAAUUGAAACAUAAAAGGGUAUGAAAAGGAAUUAAGUGACUUUUUUUCUAAUUAUCAUCGUAAAAUACAACUGCGCGCAAGAAUAUAUGAUGCAUUGUAUGUGCGCCAAAAACUGUGAAUUAUGUAUCGGUUUCAGAAAAGUCUUAAGAGUGUAUAAGCUAAACCAUUCAUAUCAAGAAAGAAAAUUCAUGUCGUUUAUUUAUUGUAACUGAUAUUGGGAAUACCUCGGGAUUUUUUAUUACUGAUGACAGGCUUCUGCAGUUUUUCAAGAAAGCUUAUUCAUAUUACUGAUGAGGUAUCCACCCUUACCUGGAAAGAAGAUUGCUUUAAGAUAUAAGUAGAUGUUGGGUAUUUCGAUGUCUAUUGCAUGCAUUAAAAAUGCAUGGAACACACAUCUUAGAUUCUCAUUAAUUGAAUAGAAUUACAACGGAUUCAUAAAUGUGUAUCUCCUUAUCAUUUUAUAGAUAACAUUUGUUUUUAUAAAACUCAAAAUAAUCAGCCUUUUGUUUUAGUCUUGUAUGAAAAUAUAGUUGUGGAAGAAACUCCUUAAAAAUGCUAUUAUAAUUUCAGUUAAAAAUUUGUUUUAGAAACAGUCUCCUGGUACACAAAGUGAUUUUGUUAUAGGCUAAUAAAUUCAUAAGAAAAUGUAAGUUAACUUUUUGCACUAGCAUUCAUCAGAUAUAGAAAUAGAAUUUAAGUAAUAUGCUGCUGUUAACUGAGACUUUCUUGCAAAUUAUAGUUGUGUGUAUCUGAACAAAUAUUAAAGUUGCUGGAUUUUUUUUUAUUAUUUUAGUAUUGUUACUAUUAUUCAUAUUGAAUUUAUUGUUUUUGUUUUGUUUAUUGAAUAUGUAUUCUUCAAGUACAUUAUGAUAGACAAAAUGAGUGAAUGUUACACAGCUCUUUUUGUAAAAUAAUGAUAUAUGUAUGUGAUUCACAAAAUAAAAAGGUUAGUAUUGACCUCC